UCCGCGCGGAGGAGUGUGGGAACGGCUUCCCUGGAUCCCGCUCUUGGUAACGGCUCCGGGCGCAGCGGUCUGGCCUGAGAAGACCGAGGCGUAGUAGAUUCGCACAAAGGCCGCGUCUUCCUUGGGCUUUACGCGUGGUCACCCCCAUUCCCCUCAACGUGAGGUGUAAAUGAUGCAAAAUGUGCACCUGGCUCCAGAGACAGAUGAAGAUGAUCUUUAUUCUGGUUACAAUGACUACAAUCCAACCUAUGAUACUGAGGAAUUGGAGAAUGAUACAGCUUUUCAGCAAGCUGUGAGAACUAGUCAUGGCAGAAGACCUCCAAUAACUGCUAAAAUACCAAGCACGGCAGUUACUAGACCCAUAGCUACUGGAUAUGGGUCCAAGACAUCUCUGACAUCAUCAGUGGGAAGACCAUUGACAGGAACUAUCCAGGAUGGAGUUAGUAGACCUAUGACAGCAGUGAGAGCAGCUGGUUUUACCAAAGCAGCUUUGAGAGGUUCUGCAUUUGACCCCCUUGGUCAGUCAAGGGGCCCUGCGCCUCCUUUGGAAGCCAAAAACGAAGAUAGCCCAGAAGAAAAGAUUAGACAAUUAGAGAAGAAAGUAAAUGAGUUGGUAGAAGAAAGCUGUAUUGCCAACAGUUGUGGAGACUUAAAAUUGGCCUUAGAAAAGGCAAAAGAUGCUGGAAGAAAAGAGAGAGUACUAGUAAGACAACGAGAACAGGUUACAGCUCCAGAAAAUAUCAAUUUGGACUUGACUUAUUCGGUUCUUUUCAAUUUGGCCAGCCAGUAUUCAGCUAAUGAAAUGUAUGCCGAAGCACUAAACACGUAUCAAGUGAUAGUGAAAAAUAAGAUGUUUAGCAAUGCAGGAAGAUUGAAAGUGAAUAUGGGAAAUAUUUAUUUAAAGCAAAGAAAUUACUCCAAAGCCAUUAAAUUCUACCGGAUGGCAUUAGAUCAAAUUCCAAGUGUCCAUAAAGAAAUGAGGAUUAAAAUAAUGCAGAACAUUGGAGUUACGUUUAUCAAAACUGGUCAAUAUUCAGAUGCAAUUAAUUCGUUUGAGCACAUAAUGAGUAUGGCGCCAAAUCUGAAGGCAGGCUUCAACCUAAUUCUUAGUUAUUUUGCUGUUGGAGACCGUGAAAAAAUGAAGAAGGCAUUCCAAAAAUUGAUUGCUGUUCCUUUAGAAAUUGAUGAAGAUGAUAAAUACAUUUCACCAAGUGAUGAUCCCCAUACUAACUUAGUGAUUGAAGCUAUAAAAAAUGAUCAUCUAAGGCAAAUGGAACAUGAGAGGAAAGCCAUGGCAGAAAAAUACAUCAUGACAGCUGCAAAACUCAUUGCUCCUGUAAUAGAAACAUCUUUUGCCGUGGGUUAUGAUUGGUGUGUUGAAGUUGUGAAAGCUUCUCAAUAUGUAGAGCUAGCAAAUGAUCUGGAAAUAAAUAAAGCAGUUACAUACUUGAGACAAAAGGAUUUUAACCAAGCUGUAGAGACCUUAAAAAUGUUUGAAAAGAAAGACAGUAGAGUGAAAAGUGCUGCUGCAACCAACCUUUCAUUCCUGUAUUAUUUAGAAAAUGAAUUUGCACAAGCCAGCAGCUAUGCUGAUUUAGCUGUGAACUCUGAUAGAUACAAUCCAUCAGCUCUUACAAAUAAAGGAAAUACAGUUUUUGCAAAUGGUGAUUAUGAGAAGGCUGCUGAAUUCUAUAAGGAGGCUCUGAGAAAUGAUUCUUCUUGUACAGAAGCACUUUAUAAUAUUGGCCUUACCUAUAAGAAGCUAAACCGGCUAGAUGAGGCUUUGGAUUGUUUCCUGAAACUUCACGCAAUCCUACGAAACAGUGCCCAAGUUCUUUACCAGAUAGCAAAUGUAUAUGAAUUAAUGGAGGAUCCAAAUCAAGCUAUUGAAUGGCUGAUGCAACUGAUCAGUGUUGUUCCAACUGAUUCUAGAGCUUUGUCUAAACUAGGAGAAUUAUAUGAUGGUGAAGGAGAUAAAUCCCAAGCUUUUCAGUAUUACUAUGAGUCAUAUAGGUAUUUCCCUUCUAACAUUGGGGUCAUUGAGUGGCUAGGAGCCUAUUACAUUGACACACAGUUUUGUGAAAAAGCCAUUCAGUACUUUGAAAGAGCUUCUCUUAUCCAGCCUACACAAGUGAAAUGGCAGCUGAUGGUAGCUAGUUGUUUCAGAAGAAGUGGUAACUAUCAAAAAGCAUUAGAUACUUAUAAAGAUAUUCACAGAAAAUUUCCAGAAAAUGUUGAAUGUUUGCGUUUCUUGGUUCGUCUCUGCACAGAUAUCGGAUUAAAAGAAGUUCAAGAAUACGCAACAAAACUCAAGAGAUUGGAAAAAAUGAAAGAAAUAAAGGAACAGCGCAUAAAAUCUGGCAGAAAUGGCAGUGGAGGUUCCCGUAGCAAAAGAGAGGGAAGUGCUGGCAGUGCUUUUUGGAAUACGGAAUUAUAGAUGAGGAAUCAUGGACCUAUACCAAAAAUGUUCGUUACGACCAAGAAGUCAACAGAGAAGGCAUUGCACGUCAAUUAAAAGAAACUUCGGAAGAUUUACCAGACCAACUCAAUGCUGCUACCUUACUCAUAGAAAGCAGAAAUACCUGAUAUGAGCUGUCUUGAAAUUGAGUGUUCCUUUAAGGAGAUAAUCAUCUUGAGUGACCCCUAAGGAAUUGUUAAUUAUCUGAUAAAAUUAUAGAACCAGCUUUACCACCCUGUAAGAAUCUUAAACUUCAUUUUGAAAAUCUUAAUUUCAGUAUAACCAAUGAAUCCCUCCAAAACAUCAGCAACCUUAGGUUAAGUUCACAGAGCUUUCUCUGGGUAAUAUUUAAGUUAAUGAAAUGUUGCCAGUGUUAACCACUAAAUCUGAGACUGAGUUACCCAGAUGUCUUCACCUUUAAAACCUGAUUCAGGACUGACUUCCUAAUGAGAUGCUGGAACCUCCCUUAAAAAUUGAAUAGGUUGAUGCUGUCCCGGAGACUAAAGGCACAGUUUCCAGCGUACCACUCCAAGAAAGUGUCCCACAGCAGACUCAGAUGUCUGCCUCUCAGAUAAAGCAGUGAGGUGUGCCUCAGAGGCCGCUGGGUACCAGAUCCUUUGACAUGAAUGGAUAGCUUCUUAAGGCAACCUUCCACACACACACACAAACCAAACUCAUUGCUGUCCAGUCAAUUCCAACUCAUAGUGAUCCUGUAGGAGAGAGUAGAAUUGCUCCAUAUGGUUUCCAAGGAUUUGAACUGCCAACUUCUUGGUUAGCAGCCAUAGCUCUUAACCACUAUACCACCAAGGCUUCCACCUUUCACACCAAAACAAAAAACCAAACCCAGUGCCAUCGAGUCAAUUCCGACUCCUAGUGACCGUAUAGGACAGAGUAGAGCUGCCCCAUAGAGUUUCCAAGGAGCAUCUGGCGGAUUCAAACCGCCGACCCUUUGGUUAGCAGCCGUAGCACUUAACCACUACACCACCAGGGUUUCCACCUUUCACACAUACUCUUUAAAUCAUAUGUGCCUCAGAACUAACAGGAAGAGUCUUUGAUAAACAGAAUGAGAGGGCUUCACCUGAGCUGGAAUUGUCCUCCAAAGUUAAGUCCUAGGUCAGUGAAGCAAAUACUGAUGAUGUAUGAAAGGUAAGGUUGCCCCGGAUCUGAUACCAAGGCAUAAAAGAGAGGUCUUUCUGAGAAAACUUCACCCCUGGUCUUGGCCUUCCCUCACUACUACUUCUUUUACCAAUUUUCAUUGCUCCCAUCUGGUCCAUUUCAGUCCAACACAAACAGCCAAUCCUCAUGCACAAAUGAACUCUAUUCUCACAAGAGGGGAUUUUGGAGUAGAAACUGCAUGCUGUUGAGGCAUAUUUACAAGGAGAGUUUCUUGUUACUUGGUUCUCUUGGCACAAGUGUAAAGAGCUAAACAGUCCCUUCCAGGUAUGCUUUUUUCUUUUUUUUUUUUCCCUACUGCUUACCUUUUUAUUCCUUACUUCCUGACGCUUGGAACUGCGUGUCAUCCCAGACUUCUGCACUUUCAUCUCACAGUCCAGGUUUGAGCUCCUCUUUUGGUGAAUGUUGCUAGUGCCAUCCCGACACUUGUCUCCUUCCUCUGGUUUUUGGCAUAGGCUACACCAAGGCCAUUCUCAGGCUUCAAAGCAGGAAAGCGCCAUAUUGUUUAUUCUUCUCUCUCUUUCUCCUUCCUUCUGCCUUGUGGGGCCCCACCCCAGGGCCCAGUAUAGCAUAUUAUCGAUGCCUACCUGUCCUCGCCUCUGUGUUCCUCCCCACCCAUCACCACACCAGUCAUUCUUGCUUGGUGGGCAGCAUUCACUGAUCCAUUUAUAAUAUCCCUGUUCAGGAGUUCCCAGUACAAAUUUACGUGUCAAAAGUAUCCUCAAUCUUACCUGUCUUCCACUUCUAACCUGUGAGAUCUAGACAGUCACAUUUAUAUUUUAACAUGGAAAUAUUGGGUCACCCUGGAGGCACAGUGGUUAAGAGCUCAGGCUGCUAACCAAAAGGUCAGCAGUUCAAAUCCACCAGCCUCUCCUUGGAAACCCUAUAGGGGAGUUCUGCUCUGUUCUGUAGGGUUGUUAUGAGUCAGAACCGACUCAACAGCAACAGGUUUUUUGUUUGUUUGUUUCCUAUCUGGAUUAGAUUCACAGUUCAGGUAGGAGAAAGGGGCAGUUACUUUUAUAUGAAUCCAAGUUAGGCCUGUCUUAAUUAAGCUAGUAUAAUAUGGUCAAACAAAUGCAGAUUUAUUGAUCUCACAUUCUUAGAGUGCCUACAACUAGAUUUUUAAAGUAUUUCCUAGGACAAGACCCUACAGAAUUUUAAUUAAUACAUCAGAAUUAUUAACUUAUAUAACAGCUAUCUCUGAAAUGCAUGCGAGCCUUUGAAAAUUGGUCUUUUUGGUGGAUCAGACUAACCUCAUAGAAACCUUAUCUUUGCUGCUAAUUUAUAUAGUACAGGUAGUCACUGGAUUACAAACGAGUUCCAUUCCUAAAUCUGUGUUUAAGUCGAUUGUACAUAAGUAGAAACAGGUACAGUUCAUGUCUAACAUCAUUUAGUCAAUGUUUGUCUACACUAAAACAUCUUUAACAUAAUAAUACAGUAUAAUAAUAAUAAUGUUUUGAAGCAACAUCCCAAAGUAGCCCAUGUUUGUUAUUACAAGCCAUUGUAUAUACCUCACAUUUUUAAUAUAAUAGGCUUUAGAGGGGCUGGUUCGAACCGUGAGUUGUACGUAAGGUGGGCAUUUGUAAACCGAGGACUACCUGUAAUCUUUUCUGUGUGAUAACUGAACCUCAGCUCCCUUCCUCACCAGUGGUUCUCUCACUUUAGCAUGUAUCAGAAUUACCUAAAGGCCUAUUAAAACAGAUUGCUGAAUCCCAACCCCAGAGUUUCUGAAUCAGUAAGUCUGUGAUAGGGUUCAAGAAUUUGUAUUUCUAACACGCUCACAGGUGAUGCUGAUUCUGCUGUUCCUGGGAACCACUGCUUUAUAUUAAAUGAGAUAAUGUGUUGUAGGGUGUAUAAAAAGAUAGCAACUACCAUUCCACCACAUCCACAUUCACAGUAUGUGACCCUCUGUAGUCAUCCAGGCUCUGGUUCAAGCCACCAGCCUCAGACCCUGGCUCUGUCACUGUUUCGUGUUCUGUCUUUGAAAAGUGACUUGUAACUUUUCUAAAGCUUCAGUAAGACAGUUUUAUUAAAUGAAGCAAUCCACGGAAUGUGCUUAACACAAUGCCUGGCAUAUACUGGAUGCUGAAUGAAUGUUGGUGAUUAAGGGCUCAGCUGCUAACCAAUUCCAAUCCACCCAGUGGCUCUGAGGGAGAAGAGACCUCAAGAUUUGCUCCCAUAAAAGAUUAUAGCCUAGGAAACUCUGUGGGGCAAUUCUACUCUGUCCCAUGGGGUCACAGUGUGUCAUAUUUGACUGAUGGCACCUAACAACACCAAAUUAUUAUUACUAUUUUAUACAAAUUGUGUUGAAAAGGAAUAGUGCCUGGUUUAGAAUUUUCAGUAUUCAUUGCAGAAUUUUCAGCAUUUGAGUUUGUUUUUAUACAAUUAACUUGAAAUGAAAUGAGCUUGUUUUAUUUAACUACUUGAAGUGGAAAUGCAGCUCAGUCCCAAAACAUCAGUCAAUUCAGAAAAAUAAAUAAGUAAAAAUAAGCCAUACUGAAAGCUUCCAAAAGUGCAGGUAUAUUCUAUGGUUUCAGAGUCUUGGUAGUCAACAAUAUAGUGUCCAUGAAUAAAAUAGAUGAGCAGAAUAACUAUACUCCUUCUUGUUGCACUGGGGCAUUUAAAAGGCAAGAAAGCCACAGAACACAUCUCCUUCCCAUGUGUAUCUGUUCACUCAGGAGAAUGCCAUUUCUUGUACAGCAUUUUCUACUUCAGCAUGAUAGUUGCAUUUUGUGACUUAUUUUGGGUACUGUGUUACUAAGAUUUCAUUUUAAAAUUGUUUUUCCUUUACUUUUUGUGAUUUUUAAUGGUUUGCUGUAUUUUUUAGUUUGUUUUUUAUUAUGUCUUGGGUGUGAACUUUUCCUAUUAGAAUGUAUCUCUUAAUUUUAUAAUGAAAAGAAUUUUACAAUGAAAUUCACUGGGAUACCAUGACUCAGUGAAGCGAAAUUCACUUUACAGUCAACUUUUUGAGGAACAUCUAUUUUAUAAAGUAUAUUGUAACCGUGUUUUAUUUUUUAAAAAUUAAAGUGUUACUUUAAGGGUGAGCAAGUUCUUUGAUUAGAAUACCUUUUCACAGUUUUGCUGGGCCUUGAUGGUGUCACAAACAAGGAACAACUUAAAGCAGUUCCUAAUUCAUGGCAGCGGCCCAGUAUAGGUUAGUGCAGUUAUUAUUGUUCCUAUUUGUCAAAAGGAAUACAUGGAAGUACCUGCAGUUUAGUGUCCACAUAUAAUAUGAGGAUCCAUAUUACCUCUUCUAGACAUAUGACUUUUGAGUUGUCAUUUUCAGUGUUUUUCCUAUUGCGAUAGGGUCAUGAAGAUAAAUAUGAACAAAUGUACCACUGUCUGACAAUGAAGUUUUUAAAAAAUGACUUUUGAAACAAAUAUGUUAGAAAAUAUAUAUACAAAUGAGUGUUGGUUUUCGAAGUUACCAACUUAGAAACCUGAAUAUUUAUUCCAGUAAUGCUACUAUUAAUAAAACAUUUGUGAAAUUCCUCUUUUAAAAUUGCAGUCAGAGUCAAAUUAUUAAAAACACAGGAAAUCCAGUCACAAAGUUUUACAGGGGUGUGCGCGUAUGUGUGUGUAUGUAUGUAUGCGGUGGCACAGUGGUUAAGAACUCAGACGGCUAACCCAAAGGUCAGCAGUAUGAAUCCACCAGCUGUUCCUUGGUAACCCUGUAGGGCAGUUGUACUCUGUCCAAUAGGGUCGCUAUGAGUUGGAAUCGACUCAACAGCAACGGGUUUGAUUUUUUUGGUUUUUUGUAUUCAUAUACAUACAUACUCUAUCAGUUCUUUUUAUCCCCUUUUUUCCUCUCUACCUUUCUGCCUUUACAUCAGCAAAGAGGCAUUUGUCAAGUUCCUGACCAAGUGGGUUCUCAGUGAACACCAACUCCCUUCCAGCUUCUUCUCUACCCUCUUUAUAUGCCAGGCUCUGAGUUACACAUUUGGGAUACAAAAUAGAAUAAAUGAUAGUCUUUGUCCCUCUGGAGCCUUGAGCUUAGCUGUAAUGUAUCCACUUGGACUCCUGUGAUUACUCAUUUUUCUAGACUUUUUUUUUUCAAGUCCCUUCUUUGCUGCCUUAAAAUCUCUAUCUUCAUUCUUGCUUUUCCCUGUUUUCUUGUCAUGUUUGCUAGGACUAAUUCUCCCAUUUAUGCUUUGGUUCUUUCAUUGCUGAAUCAAUUCUCUGAUUGCUCACGUCUUCACUGACUCCCUCCACAGACUUUCCCUCUCUUCAGUUGAGUGUUGCCUAUUACGGUAGCUCAGAAGGUCAACUUUUCCAUUUUUGACCUAUUCACAUUAGCUGUUUUGUUGGGUAAUCAGUUAGAUCAAUGAAAUAGGUGAGGGGUGAAGUGAAGCUAAGAAUCGCAGCUUUGGCAGUGUAAGAAUGAGCUGAAAUUUUCAAAGGUCUAAAAUUACAUGAUGAUUAUGUCAUUUGUGUUGAUGAUGCCAUGUCGAAGUCCUAACCCCCAGAACCAGUGAAUGUGACCUUAUUUGGAAAUACGGUCUUUGAAGAUGUGAUUAAGUUAAGACGAAGUCAUACAGGAUUAGGGUGGGUCUUAGUCCAGUGACUAGUAUUCUUAUAAGUGUAGGGAAAUAAGGGCACAGACACAGGACACACAAGGAGAAUGCAAUGUGACGGCAAAGGCAGAGACCGGAGUAAUGCUUCCAUAAGCCAAGGAAUACCAAGGAUUGCCUGCAACUACCAGAAGCUAGAAGAAGGGCAUAGACAGAUUCUUUCUCUGAGCCCUCAAGAAGGAAGGAACCAUGCUGCACCUUGAUUUCAGACUUCUACCCUCUAGAACUGGGAGAAAACAUUUCUGUUGUUUUAAGCCACCCAGUUUAUGGUACUUUGUUAUGGCAGCCCUGGGAAACCAAUAAGGAGGGUACUUUGGUAUGCUGCCCCAUAACUUUGGAAAGGGGCAGAGGCAAAAGAAGAUCAGCUUCCUCAUAAUAAGAGGUUAGGUCAUUUGUGCGUCAGGCUAUAGAAUACUAGAAGUAAAUUUGGCAGUAGAUUCAUGCUAAAGGUCUCAAAGGUGUGGUCUGAUGCUCUUCAGUAUCUUCAGGUGUAAACAAAAAUUUUCUCAUGUUUAUGGAAUGUGAGUAGAUUUUUCUUAGUGAUUACAUCUUGUUAUCUUGUUGUUAUUAGCUGCCAUUGAGUUGGCCCCUGACUUACGGUGACCCCAUGCACAACAGAAGGAACUGCUUCCCAGUCCUGCAUCAUCCCUAUGAUUGGUUGUGGAUCAUAAGGUUUCAUUGGCUGAUUUUCAGACGUAGAUUGCCAGGCCUUUGUACUCAGUACAAAGCAUCAUUAAAAAAAAAAAAAAAAACCCACUGCUGUUGAGUCGAUUCCAACUCAUAGCGACCAUAUAGCAUCACGGCAGCACACAAAUCACCACUGACAGAUGGGUGGUGGCUGCACAUGAGGCUUCACUUGCUUGGAAUCAAACUCAAGUCUCUAGCAUAGAACCCCUGAACCACCAUUGCCCUCAGAUUGCAUCUUGUUGUUGUUGUGAGGUACCAUCAAGUUGGUUCCAACUUACAGCGACCUGUUGAACAGAGUAGAACUGCCCCGUAGGAUUUCCAAGGAGUAGCUAGCUGGUGGAUUUGAACUGCUGACCUUUUGUAUCUUAGAAGGUGCUAAAUUGAGUAUCGCCUCGGGGAUGGAAGAGAGAAAGGCAAAAAAUAACCUUUUUAAAAUGUCUACUGGAUAAUGUAAUCAGAGCUUAUAACCCACCAAAAGAGAAUUAUUUAAGAAGAUAUUUGAAAGCGUAAGGUCCACUAUGUUUGUAAUUAUAUUUAGAGGAAUGGGAAAAAUUUGUUAGAAGGUUCAAUUUGGAUAGCACUCUCAAAAAAUAUGAAACUGAUAGAGGACAGUUAAUAGUCUUCCUGGCUUAAGAGCAGGAGGAUGUCAAAGAGUUAUGUAGUAAUUAGUGGACCUUCAAGUCUAAAAAGGCUAUUUGAUUUUUCAACUGAGAUAGCAUCAGUACACUGCUGGAGGUAAAAAUCAGAUUACAAUGAUUUAACAGUAAAGUAGGCUACUGGGAAGUGGAGAAGAGGAUAUAAACUUUUCUUUCAUGUAUGGUGAUAAAUAUAUUCACUAACCAAUAGUGAAAGAAAUGCAAACUAACCUAUAAAAUAAGCAAAAGUUUUUUUAAAGAAUAGUUUUCAGGGAUAGCAAGGAUAAGAUGAGAUGGGCAUUCUUUAUAAACUAAACAUGGCUGGUGGGAAUUUAAAGUGGUGUCCCAUUCUGGGAAUCACUUUGGUAAUGUUUAUCAAGACCUUUAAAAUGUCCAUACCCCCUGAUAAGAACCUAUUUUAAAGAUAAAAUCAGAUUCAGACAGAAUUAUGUACAGACAUGUUGAUGGUAUUUAUGAUAGGAAACAUUGGAAAUAAAUGCUUACCUGGAGACAGUCCCAGGUCAAGCCAUCCCCUCUAAAAUUAUACCCCCUGCUGCAAUUAUUGCAGGCUCCCUUCUCCUCCUCUGGAAUGAGAUGCUGGUCGUACUUUCUCGUCUGAUCUUCAGGGGGCUUGGGAGCACCAAAGCCUUAGAUCAUUUCAUAUAACAGCUUCCAGAGAUGAUAGAAUUUCUGAGACACAGUCUUAUUUGCAAGUAGGGCAUAAUGAGUAAUGGCAAUUACACAGUGAGAUUUUCCUUUUCACUUUCCUCUAAACAAAAUAAUGUUCAUUUAAAUGCAUAGAGAAAUUAAUAAAAUGAGAAAAAUUCAGGAAAAGAAGUUAUUUUUAUUGGGUUUUUAAAAUGUGUUAUAGUGUGACAUCACGGGAAUUGUAAUUAAUAGUAAAUGUUUAAGGAGAGUCCCCCAGACAGACUGUAAAGUACCUCUAAAGACUGCGUGCUGUGGCUGCUUCUGCCUCCAUCAUGGGUGAAACAGCUUAGGGUGCAGAGUAGCAGCACAAUUAAUACUCAUUAGAAUUUUUAAAUAUCUUGGUAGUAUUAAAGAUUUUUUUUUAAUUUGUGUUUUUUUCUUAUUUUCAUUACUCAUGUGAAUGUAUUAUGUACUUAAUGUUGCAAAAUCACUGACUUUUAAUCUGAUAAAAUCUCUGCAUAUAAUUUGUUCAAAGUAAUAACAAAAUGAAGUGCAUUGCUUUUAGUCUUCUCUUUGCAGUUUUUAAAAUUCAGCUUUCAAUUUAUCUACCACUCUAAAACACUUUCAUGCUCUUGACUGUAUUCUUUCUAAAUAAGCAAUGACUGUCUCCCUUUGGAAGCUAAAUGCAUUUUUUAUUUGACGAGAAUAUAUGGUGAAAGUUUAUGUAGUCAGCCUCCAAACCUUACUUCAUUUGCUUCUUGCAUAGAGCCUGUGUUAUAAAACUCACUUUCUCACAAAAAAAGAGCUUCUCAUAUUUAAAACCUGUAGUAUUCUCAAAUGUCACAAAUAGGUCACCUUCUUAGUAGGAGCUGCCUUGUAAAAACAUCAGUCAAGGCCAGAUGUAAUCUCUUACCAAGCAGAAAUUUUGUGAGGUUUUUUCCCAAGUCUCAAGAUUGGGAACUUGGUAAUAUGACAAGAGGGUCUAACCUGUUCUGAGGAUAGAAGAGGUGGCUAAAACAUAGCACUGUGAAAAUAAAUCAGGAAUUCACUUUGUCAGGAUGUUUAACUGUCAUUAUUAACACGGUCACAUUCCAUAGUCACCCAGGCCAUGAGACUGGAGACAAUAAAUGUCUGUUCUUUAAAGCCACCAACUUUGUGGUAUUUUGUAAUGGCAGUUUUAAGAUACUCACUGUCCAAACUCAAACUAUCUAGACUCAGGAAUCAGAUUCACAUAGUGGGUAAUAUUUGCAUAUUCUAAGUAUGACAAAGGAAUAGAAGACUAUAAAAAUGGCUAGGCAGAUUGGAAAAAGCCAAAUAGUACUUCCAGAAAUGAAAAUACAAUUUAAAUUAGAAAGUCAAUAGAUGGGUUUAAAGCAGAUGUUGGCAAACUGCAGCCAUAUCCUGCCCAGGCUACCACUUGUUCCAAUAAAGCUUUAUUGAAAGACAGCCAUGUUCACUCCUUUAUUGUCUCUGGCUGCUUUCCUGCUGCAAUGUCAGAGUUAAGUAAUUGCAACAGAGACCAUACGACAUGCAUAUCAUAAAAUAUUUAUUGUCUGUCUCUUCACAGAAAAAAUUUGCCAACCCUAAAGAGCAGAUUAGAUCAGAUGGAGAGAGUUUAUGAACUGGAAGAUAUAGCUGAAGAAAUUACCCAGAAUGCAGCACAGAGAGUCAGAGUGAUAGAAAAUGAGAAGUUAAGAGACAUGAAGGAUGUAGUGAAAAGUUCUAACAUACAUUUAAUUAGAAAGAACUGGGGAGAGCAAUAAUCAAGAAGAUAAUGGCUAAGAAUUUUUUAGAAUUGAUGAAAUCCUCAUUUACGAAGCGAAAUAAAUUUCAAGUGGAAUAAAUAAAGUAAUAUUAUGUGCAUCAUUGUCAAAUUACAAAAUAUGAAAGAGAAAUUCUUGCUGACUUCUCAACAUCUACAUGGAAGCCAGAAGAUAUCAAAAUGUCUUUAAGGUGCCUAGAGAAAAUAACUGUUACUUGGGAUUGUAUGCCAUUGGGCUUGUGUACUUCAAGAAUGAGGGCAUCAUAAAGUCAUUUUCAGAAGAUCUUUUAACCAACAGAUCCUCAUUAAAAAAAAAGAAAAAGCCAGAAGUAAAAUGCGAAAUACACCAUUAAAUCUAAACAUAUAUUAAAUAUUUAAAAUAAUGUCAGUGAUCUAAAUUGUCAAUUUUUUUAAUUAAUGUAAACCUAAAAUCCUUUUUUUUUAAUCCUGGACAACAGUAGAAUUUAAGGCAAGGAUGUGAGUGGUGGUGAUAAGAAUUAAAGCAUUUGAAGAAAUACUGUUUGGAAGGAAAGUAAGGAUGGUGAAUUUUAGACUUAGUUAACUUAAAUGUACAUGUUAAAAUGCCUAAAAUAAUUAGUAAGUAUUAAAAUAAUAGAAAUGAGAUGUAUAACUUCCAAACUAGUAAGAGGCAAAAAAAAAAAAAUACAAUAAGCAAGGAAAUCAAAGGUGUUGUAUAUGACUUCAGAAAUGGUAGAUACCAAAUUUUUUUCAUUGAUAAGUCAGUGGAACAAAAUAUAGUGUCUAGAAAUAGAAUAGAAAUAUAGUGUCUGGAAAUAGACCCAAACAUAUAUGGUCAAUUAAUUUUUGACAGCGGUGCAAAAAGCAACAAAUGGUGCUGGAACAAGUGGAUAGCCAUAUGCAAGAAAUUUAAUCUCGACCCAUAUUUUGCAUCAUAUACAAAAUUAAUUCAAAGGCAUGACCAAGAUGGCAGAGUAGUCAGAUGCUUCCAGUGAGCCCUCUUACAACAAAGACCUAAAAAAGCAAGUGAAACAAUUAUAUAUAUGACAGGUUAGAAGUCCUGAACAUCAAAAGCAAAGUUAUGAAAUCGGACUGAGUGAAGGCAAGAGAGAGAGAGUUCAGAAGCGGCAAGGAGUUGGCCAGACCUGAUUCAGUGGGAAACAGUGCCCCUCAGACACGAUCCCCAGGAGCAACCAUGGUGGGGUAGGACACGGUUUCCUCAGGAGAGAUAGGAAGCUGCACAGUCUGCUCACACUUCCAGAACCAGAGAAUAACAGUGCUCUAGGCAAAAGCUAAGUACUUGCAUUUAUUUUACCAUGUUCCAGACCCCAAGCUGGUUUCAGUGGCUGUCGAUUUCCCAGAGACCAAGAUAGGUCCUGCUGAGUGCUCUGAGCCAUUCUUCCAGCCUUGGAGGAAUUAACAUUUGGAGGAAAAGAUAAUCUGCCAACUCCACUAAGCUGGGGCACUCAGGACAGAAGCGGCUCCUGUCCAGGCACAAACAGUCCAUGGACUUUGAAUAGCUUUCACCCCUGCAUGGACCUGUGCAGGCGCAUUUCCGGAGAUUAGGCCGUUAUUGGCAGAAUGUGUAUGUGCUUGAGAUCUGACAUCAACUGUUUGAGCGAUGUGGUAGAAAGGUGGGUUUUUGAUGUUUGACACCACAUUGCCUAUUAAACAGGGUCCUCACCUACCCACAUCAAGGGCCUGAGGACCGGUGGCUCCACCCACGUCACCUAGUCACCUGCGACAGAGGUCCAAGGAUAAGUGGUGCCUCCCAGUCCUUACAACCAAAAGCGUUGGGUGCCCAUGGUCCGGCUUCAGAACCCACACACCUGUGCACUGUAGGGAAUAUGGACGUACUUUUCUCACACUCGGGGAUGGUUGUCACCUCCUGCCUUGUUCAGAGUGUGACCUUCCUGCUGCAAGCAGAUACCUGUGCCUACACCGAUCAUCCCUGCCCCUCUAAGACUGUAGGACAGACCCGGUAACACACACUUGAUGACCAACUACCUGGACACCUGAGCUGAAUCCAUACAAGAAAAAUCAGGUAAAAGAAUUUUAAAAAGUGAAGAAACCCUAAGAAUCAUGUGGGAUUCUAUCAAGAGAAAUAAUCUAUGAGUGAUUGGAGUACCAGAACAGGGAGGGAUAACCGAAAAUACUCAGAGAAUUGUUGAAGAUUUGUUGGCAGAAAACUUCCCUGUGAUAUCGUAAAAGAUGAGAAGAUAUCUAUCCAAGAUGCUCGUCGAACCCCGCAUACGGUAGCUCUCAAAAGAAAGUCACCAAGACAUAAUCAAACUUGCCAAAACCAAAGUUAAAGAAUUUUAAGAGUGGUUAGGGAUAAACAAAAAGUCACCUACAAAGUAGAAUCAAUAAGAAUAAACUCAGACUACUCGACAGAAACGUGCAGGCAAGAAGGCAAUGUGAUGACUUAUAUAAAGCAUUGAAGGGAAAAAAUUGCCAACCAAGAAUCAUAUAUCCAGCAAAACUGUCUCUCAAAUAUGAAGGCGAAAUUAGGACAUUUCCAGGUAAACAGAAGUUUAGGGAAUUUAUAAAAACCGAAACAAAACUAGAAGAAAUAGUAAAGGGAGUUCUCGGUUUACAAAAUCAAUAAUAUCAGAUAACAACCCAAGACUAGAACACAGGACAGAGCAACCAGAUCUCAACCCAGAUAAGGCAAUCACAAAAAUGAACCAAUAUUAAAAAAAAAAAAACACUUAAAACAGGGAAACGGUGAUAUCAUUAUGUAUAAAGAUGACAACAUUAAAACAAUAACGAGGGAAUAAAAAAUGUACUCAUAGAUCUUCAUGUGGAGAGGAAGUCAAGGUGAUAUAAACAAUAAAAGUUAGGUUUAAACUUAGAAAAAUAGGGGUAAAUAUACAGGUAACCACAAAGGAAAUUAACAGCCCUACACAUCAAAAAAAAAAAAAACAAGAAAAACCUAAAGACUCAGCAGAAACGAAAUGAACAACAACAAGUAAGAGGAAAAUACAAUAUAUAAUUCACAAAAAAUUAAGUGGAAAAAAGAAACUGUCAACAGCACAUACAAAAAAAGACAUCAAAAUGACAGCACUAAACUCAUAAAAAAAAAAAACCUAUCCAUAAUUACGCUGAAUAUAAAUGGACAAAAUGCACAAAUAAAAAGAGAGUGGCAGAAUGGAUUUUAAAUACAAGAGACACACCUUAGAGACAAAAACAAACUCAAAGCGUGGAAAAAAAUAUAUCAAGCAAAAAAAAAAAACAGCAAGGGUGGCAAUGUUAAUUUCUGACAAAACAGACUUUAAGUUAAAUCCACCACACAGGACAAGGAAGAACACGAUAUAAUUACGGGGCAGUGUACCAGGAGGAUAUAACCAUAUUAAAUAUUUGUGCACCCAAUGACAGGGCUUUAAUAUACAUAAACUCUAACAACAUUGAAACAUGAGAUAGCUCCACAAUAAUAGUUGGAGACUUCAACACACCACUUUCACUGAAGGACAGAACAUCCAGAAAGAAGCUUAGUAAAGACACAGAAGAUGUAAAUGCCGCAGUCAACCAACUUUACCUCAUAGACAUAUACAGAACACUCCACCCAGCAGCAGCCAUGUAUACUUUCUUUCCCAGUGCCCAUGGAACAGUCUCUAGAAUUGACCACAUAUUAGGUCAUAAAGCAAGCCUUAACAAGAUCCAAAACAUUGAAAUAUUACAAAGCAUCUUCUCUGACCAUAAAGCCAUAAAAGUAGAAAUCAAUAGCAGGAAAAAGAAAUCAAACACUUGGAAACUGAACAAUAUCCUGCUCAAAAAUAACUGGGUUAUAGAAGACAUUAACGACGGAAUAAAGAAAAUCAGAGAAUCCAGUGGGAGUGAAAACACUUCCUCAGAACCUUUCAGACUCAGCUAAAGCAGUGCUCAGAGGUCAAUUUAUAGCAAUAAAUGCACGCAUCCAAAAAGAAGGGCCAAAAUCAAAGAAGUAUAUACAACUUGAAUAAAUAGGAUGAGAGGAGCAAAAGAAGCCCUUGGGCACCAGAAGAAAUCAAAUAAUAAAAAUUAGAGCCGAAUUAAAUGAAAUAGAGAAUAGAAAAAUAAUUGAAAGAGUUAACAAGACCAAAAGCUGGUUUUUUGAAAAAAAUAAUAAAUCGAUAAACCAUUGGCCAAACUGACAAAACAGGAGAGGAAGCAAAUAACCCAAAUAAGAAACGAGAUGGAUGAUACCAGAACAGACCCAACUGAAAUUAAAAGAAUCAUAACAGAAUAGUAUGAAAAAUUGUACUCUAACAAAUUUGAAAACCUAGAAGAAAUGGACAAAUUUCUGGAUACACACUACCUACCUGAACUAACACAAACAGAGGUAGAACAACUAUAUAAACUGAUAACAAAAGAAGAGAUUGAAAAGGUAAUUAAAAAACUCCCAACAAAAAAAAACCCUGGCCCUGACAGCUUCACUGGAGAGUUCUACCAACCUUUCAGAGAAGUGUUAACACCACCACUACUAAAGGUAUUUCAGAGCAUAGAAAAAGAUGGAAUACUCCCAAACUCAUUCUGUGAACCCAGCAUAUUCCUGAUACCAAACCAGGUAAAGACACCACAAAAACGGAAAUUACACACCUAUGUCCCUCAUGAAAUUAGAUGCAAAAAUCCUCAACAAAAUUCUAGCCAGUAAAAUACAAGGUACCAAAAAAAUAAUUCACCAUGAUUAAGUGGGAUUCAUACCAGGUAUGCAGGCAUGAUUCAGCAUUACAAAAACAGUGUAAUCCGUCACAUAAAUAGAACAUAACACAAGAACCACAUGAUCUUACAAUUGAUGCCAAAAAUGCAUUUGACAAAAUCCAACACCCAUUCAUUAUAAAAUCUCUCAGCAAAAUAGGAAUAGAAGGGAAAUUCCUCAACAUAGUAAAGGGCAUUUAUACAAAGCCAACAGCCAACAUCAUCCUAAAUGGAGAGAGACUGAAAGCAUUCCCCCUGAGAACAGGAACCAGACAAGGAUGCCCUUUUUCGCCACUCUUAUUCAUCAUUGUGCUGGAGGUCCUAGCCAGAACAAUUAGGCUAGAUAAAGAAAUAAAGGGCAUCCAGAUUGGUAAAGAAGGAGUAAAAGUAUAUCUAUUUGCAGAUGACAUAACCUUAUACAUAGAAAACCCUAAAGAAUCCUCAAGGAAACUAAUAUUAGAGUUCCGCAGAGUAUCAGAAUACAAGAUAAACAUACGAAAAUUGGUUGGAUUCUUUACACCAACAAAGACAGCGUCGAAGAGGAAAUCAAUACUGUUUACAGUAGGCCCCCAAGAAGUUAAAAUACUUAGGAAUAAAUCUAACCAGAGACAUAAAAGACCUAUACAAAGAAAACUAUAAGACACUACUGAAAGCAACCAAAAGAGAGCUACAUAAGUGGAAAAACAUACCUUACUCCUGGAUAGGAUGACUCAACAUUGUAAAAAUGUAGAUACAAUGCAACUCCCAUCCAAAUUCUAACGACAUUUUUUAAUGAGAUGGAGAAACAAAUCACCAACUUCAUAUGUAAGGGAAAGAGGCCCCAGAUAAGUAAAGCAUUAUUGAAAAAAAAGAACAAAGUGGGAGGCCUCACAGUACCUGGUUUUAGAACGUAUUAUAAUGCCACAGUAGUCAAAACAGCCUGGUACUUGUAUAAUAACAGAUACAUAGACCAACGGACCAGAGUUGAGAAUCCUGACGUAAAUCCAUUUACAUACGAACAGCUGAUGUUUGACAAGGGCCCAAAGUCAGUCAAAUGGAGGAAGGACAGUUUGUUUAACAAAUGAUGCUGGCAUACCUGGACAUCCAUCUGGAAAAAAAAAAUGAAACAAGACCCAUACCUCACACCAUGCACAAAAACUAACUCAAAAUGUAUCAAAGACCUAAAUAUAAAAUCUAAAACAGCAAAGAUCAUGGGAGAAAAAAAUAGAAUCAAUGCUAGGAGCCCUAAAACAUGGUGUAAAUAGUAUAGAAAACAUUACUAACAAUGUACAAACACCAGAAGAGAAACUGGAUAACUGGGAACUCCUAAAAAUCAAACACCUAUGCUCACCCAAAGACUUCACCAAAAGAGAAAAAGAUUACCUACAGACUGGGAAAAAGUCUUUAGGUAUAACAUUUCCAUUCAAUGUAUGUUCUCUAAAAUCUACAUGAUACUGCACAAACUCAACAACAAAAAGGCAAAUAAUCCAGUUAAAAAAUGAGCAAAGGAUAUGAACGGGCACUUCACCAAGGAAGACAUUCAAGAGGCUAACAGAUACAUGAGGAAAUGCUCAUGAUCAUUAGUCAUUAGAGAAAUGCAAAUCAAAACUACAAUGAGAUUCCAUCUCCAGGAAGGCUGGCAUUAAUCCAGAAAACACAAAAUAGUAAGUGUUGGAGAGGUUGUGGAAAGACUGGAACACUUAUACCCUGCUGGUGGGAGCAUAAAAUGGUAUAACCACUUUGGAAAUUGGUUUGGCACAUCCUCAAAAAGCUAGAACUACCAUACGAUCCAGCAAUUGCACUCCUUGGAAUACAUCCUAGAGAAAUAAGAGCCUUCACCUGAACAGAUAUAUGCACACCUAUGUUCAUUGCAGCACUGAUUACAAUAGCAAAAACAUGGAAGCAACCAAGGUGCCCAUCAGUGGGAUGAAUGGAUAAAUAAAUCAUGGUAUAUUCACUAAAUGGAAUACUACGCAUCAGUAAAGAACAAUGAUGAAUCCAUGAAACAUUUCCUAACAUGGAGGAAUCUGGAAGGCAUUAUGCUGAGUGAAAUUAGACAAGUAUUGUAUGAGACCAGUAUUACAAGAACUCAAGAAAUAGUUUAAAGACAGAAGAAAAUGUCCUUUGAUUGUUACGAGGUUGAGGAGGGAGAGGGGCAUUCACUAAUUAUAUAAUAGACAAGAACUAUCUUAGGUGAAGGGAAAGACAACACACAAUACGAGAGAGGUCAUCUCAACUGGACUAACCCAAAAGCAAAGAAGCUUACUGAAUAAACCAGACACUUCAAAGGCCAGAGUAGCAGGGAUGGGGGUCUGGUUUCAGAGGACAUCUAAGUCAAUUUGCAUAAUAAAAUCUAGUAGGAAAACAUUCUGCAUCCCUCUUUGUUGGGUGGUGUCUGGGGUCUUCAGCGCUAGCAAGUGGCCAUCUAAGAUGCAUGAAUUGGUCUCAACCCACCUGGAGCAAAGGAGAAUGAAGAACAAAAGACACAAGGUCAGUAUGAGCCCAAGAGACAGAAAGGGCUGCAUAAACCAGAGAUUCCAUCAGCCGGAGACUGGAAGAACUAGAUGGUGCCCGGCUACCACAGAUGACUGCCCUGACAGGGAACGCAACAGAGAAUCCCUGAUGGAGCAGGAGAGCAGUGGAAUGCAGACCUCAAGUUCUCGUAAAAAGACCAGAGUUAAUGGUCUGACUGAGACGAGAAGGACCGCAGAGGUAAUGGUCCCCACCUUCUGUUAGCCCAAGACUGGAACCAUUCCCAAAGUCAAUUCUUCCGACAGGGAUUAGACUGGACUAUAAGAUAGAAAAUGAUACUGGUGAGGAGCGAGCUUCUUGGCUCAAGUAGACACAUGAGACUAUGUGGGCAGCUCCUGUCUGGUGGGAAAAUGAGAAGGCAGAGAGGGACAGAAGCUGGCUGAAUGGACACGGGGAAUACAUGGUGGAGAGAAGGACUGUGCUGACUUAUUAGGGGGAGAGCAACUAAGAGUACAUUUUUGUAUGAGAGACUGACUCGAUUUGUAAACUUUCACUUAAAGCACAAUAAAUUAAAAAUAAAAUUAAACAAUGCAAAAAAACUCAAAAUAGAUCAUACAGCUAAAUGUAAAACUGAAAACUAUAAACUUGUAGAAGAAAACAUAGGAGAAAAGCUUCAUGACCUUUGGUUAGUCAAAGAUUUCUUAGAUACAACAUCAAAAGCAUGACCCGUUAAAAGGAAAUGGAUAAAUUGAACUUCAUCAAAAUUGAAAACUUUUCCUCCUUAAAAGACACCAUCGAAAGAAUGAAAAGGGAAGGCAGAGUAGGAGAAAAUAUUUGCAAAACACCAGAAAAGAACCUGUAUCUAGAAUAUAAAAAUAAACUCUUACAACUCAAUAGUUUUUUAAAAAUGGGCAAAAGAUUUGAAUAAACUCUUCAUCAGAGAGGUAUAUAAUGGCAAAUAAGCACAUGGAAAGAUGGUCAAUAUCAUUCGUCUUUAGGGAAAUGCCAGUUGAAACCACAAUGAAAUACCACUACACAUCCAGUAGAAUGGCUAAAAUUAAAGCCUGACCAUACCAAGUAUUGUGAAGUGUGGAGCAACCGAACUUCUUCACUGCUGAUGGAAAUACAAAAUGCACAAUCAUUUCAGGAAAUAGUUUGGUAGUUUCUUAAACAUACCCACCAUACGACCUAAGCAUAUACCUCCUAGGCAUAUACCCAAGAGAAAUGAAACCAUAUAUCUGCACAAAGACUCGUACACAAAUAUGCAUAGUAACUUUACUUAAAAUACCAAAACCUGGAAACAACCCAAAGGCCAUCCACAGGGAAAUGAAUAAACAAACUGUGGCAUAUCUAUACAGGGGAGAAAAUGAAUAAAAUAAAAACAAUAAAAUGAACUACUGAUAUAUGCAACAACAAGGCUCAAUCUCUGCUGAGUGAAAGAAGCCAGGUUUGCGAGAGUGAACAAACUAAACUAGCUGCCUGGGGAUGGAGGGGGAGGGGUGCAUGAGUGAGUAGGGCUCGGGGGAAGGAAUUUCAGAGGGGCAAAGGAAGCUUUUGGGAGUCAUCAAUGUGUUCAUUGUUCUGAUCGAUUAUGGUUUCACAAAACCUUUCAAACUACACAAUAAAUGUGUGCUGUUUCAUACGUCAGUUAUAACUCAGUAAAUAUGGGGGUAAGGGAGACGGCUCCCCUGUGCUGCUCAGUAUAUUGAAGAGGUUUCUGUGAGAGAAACCAGGGUCAAAAUCUAUUUAAUAUGGGCUUGAAGUAUCAUAUGAUUCUCUCAAAAGAGCCUUUUGACUUCAUAAAGAUAAUAGAAUUUCCCAAAAUACUACAAAAAAAAAUAAUGCCUAUUGUAGAAAAUAUAUGGAACACAGUUCUACUUUGAUACACAUGGGGUUGCCAUGAGCCAGAAUCCUCUUGACAGUGACUAGUGUAUUAUAGAAAAAUGUAGAACAUUCAGAUAAAAAGGAAGAAACUAAAGUUACUCAAAAAUCUCACACUGAGAGGUGAGUGUGUAUAUGUAUAUGUGUGUAUUUUUAAAAUAUGGAUGAUGGUUAAAGUCACCCGAUUUCUUAGUUUUCCAUUAUAUCAUGUACAUUUUUCUCUGACAUUAAAUAAUUUUAUGCUUAUCUUAGUAAAGAUUUUCUCAGGAAUAUAAAAGUAUGCAGAAUUUGAAGUCUUUUGACACAUACUGCCAAAUUACUAGGAAAGCUUAUUCAUGUCACUUCCUAACCUGUUACCUUUAAGAAUUUUGGCCAUUUUAUUAAGCGAAAUGGAAUCUUAAAUUUAUCAUCUUACAUUCAGAAUUACUUGAAUGUUUAAAUUGUGUAAUAUUUGAUGCAUACAAUAGAAUAUGUAACUCAUUUAAGUUAUGAAGCAUAUUCAUGAACCCAUCAUAAAACAUCAGAAGCAGAACAUUGUAGAAAGGGUAUGGCAGGGGCUUCUGACUUUCUCUAACUUCACAAGGGGGAGGGAGAAUCAAAAUCAACAGCCCAAGGCUGAUUUCUGUGGGAGAGAGGUCAGACAUGCCUCCUCUCUCCGCCAUCCUUACCAAUUCUGACACCAACUAUCCCUCUCACGACAUUCUCUACUUCUCUGCUGAGUUCGGUAACUCAUUGCAAUGGCCACACAGAAGUCACAGACAGUACUCACAGUUACGGGGUUUAUUAGGGAAGUAACAGAUUACAAUUCAGGUAACAGAUUACAACUCAGGAUACAUUUCUUUAAUCAGGACAGACUCUUCUUAGCCAUGGCUCUCUCAGACCCUCAGCCUCUGACCUGUUGGGGCAAGUGUUAAAAACCUCUUUUAGCUCUGCAGAUAAGUGUCCUGAGGCACCCUACUCUGCCAGUAAGCCUCAGCCUGAAAGCGCUCAGCUCCAACUCUGUGGCAAACCUAGCUCCCCCAAGUGCCCAGAGGCACCCUACUCCACCAGCAGGCCUCCUGCCCAAAGGUGCUGAAUCUUUCUCGCUCUCUGGGCCAGGAAGCCCACCACACUGCCUCCUGCAGGUCUCCCCUGCUGCCAUUGCUGUGCCACAGCCUCUCUCUAUCUUCAGUGUUAAAGCUUGCCCUCUCUUUAAUCAGUCUCCUGAUUCCAGCAGCUUCUCAGCUCAGAGAGUUUCUCAGCUCAGGGAUCCUGGGUCCAAAGACAUGCUCCACUCCUGCCUCAUUUUAAGCCUAGCAGGAUAGCAGCACUGACCAAUACCCUUGUUAGGGUUCAUCCAUCUUAUUUGCGUGGUCCCACCCAGUCAUUUAGUGGGAGGUACAAAGACUAUGGAUGGAAGGGCCACAUGAAGUAAUUCAUUACACCACAAACAUCACUAUCACUAAUGCACCUCCCUGUGCCAUCCUUCCUUAUCCCUUCCCUCCACAGGUAAUCACUAUGAUGAGUUUUGUAUUUUGCAGUUCGUUGCUUUUUCAUGUCUAAUUUUAUCAUAUAUGUAAACAACAUAUUUAAUUUUUCUUGUUUUGAACUUUGUAAAAAUGGUUAUCAUUUAGUAUGUAGAGUUUUGAUUUGCUUUUUUUCACUCAACGUUUCUAAGAUUGAGGUUGAACAUAUUUAUGUGUCUAUUGGCCACUUGUAUGUUCACCUUAGAAAUUACCUGUUUGUAUUCUUUGUCCAUUUUUCUAUAGGGUGGUUCUUUUUUUUCCUGGAAUGGAUUAGUUUCAAGGUUCCUGCUUACUCUAAAUUCUGUGACUCUUAAGAUUUUUUUAUAAAAGUAUCAUUGGGGAGUUUUAAUGUUAUUUGAUAAAAUAAUUAUUCAGAUAAAUGGAUCUCCAAAAUCUUAUUUUUCAGAACGUAUUGUUAUUUUUUGGAAACCCUGGUGGCGUAGUGGUUACGUGCUACAGCUGCUAACCAAAAGGUCCGCAGUUCGAAUGAACUGGUGCUCUUUGGAGACUCUAUGAGGCAGUUCUACUCUGUCUAUAGUUGGAAUCAACUUGAUGGCAACGUUUUUUUGUUUCUUUGUUUGUUUAAUUUCCCUCUCACUCCAUUCCACUGCCAUCAAGUCAGUUCCAACUCAUAGUGACGCCAUAGGGUUUCCAAGGCUGUAAAUCUCUACGGAAGCAGACCGCCACAUCUUUCUCCCAAGGAGCUGCUGGUGGUUUCAAAUCACCAACCUUUUAGUUAGCAAUUGAUCAUUUUAACCACUGCCCCACUGAAAAAAAAGCACUCCUUAAUUUCCCUCUAACCAACCAACCUAUUGCUGUCAAGUCGAUUCCUACUCAUAGCAACCCUACAGGACAGAGUAGAAUUGCCCCCAUAGAGUUUCCAAGGAGCACCUGGUGGAUUACGAGCUGCUGACCUUUUGGUUAGCAGCUGUAGCACUUAACCACUACACCAGCAGGGUUUCCACAUUCCCUCUAGGAGAUAGGAAUUGUUAUUUGUUGCUAUAUUGAAAUGAAAUGUUUUGUUAGGCAUAGUCCCCCUCCCCCCAGACCUACAAAUGCUUUCUUGAUCCAUGUGCAUCUGCCUAUGUGUGGUAAGAUUCCUUCAUGAAAAUGAUGAAACCGAGUGGUCACAAUUUACCUCAACUGGUCUUUAUAAUGGAAAUUCUUUUUUAAAAAAUGUAUUUAUAUUUUUUCAAUUGGACAGUUGAAGUUUUUCAAAGGAGAUCAUUUUGUAAAAGUUUGUUCUUUCCACGUGAUGUGGACCCUUCAGACUGGGAAUCAUACAGCAGCAUUUCAAAAGGGCAUUGGGUACCUGGAGCAGAUGUCAGGGCUCUUAUGUCUAUAGGAAAAGUGAAGUAAAAUAAAUAUUGGCUAGAGCAGUGGCUCUCUAACUUUCUUGGCCUGAGCUCACUUAAGCAGUUUGAAAGACACCCAUUUAUACUUUUGGAUAGAAAAAAAAAAAAAAAAAUUAAUUCUAACAAAAAAUUAGAGAGGAACAAAAUAAUAAAAAGCAUACUGGAAGACUGGUCAUAUUCAGUGCAUUAAAUUGAGAGGCUUUGUUUUCCAGGAACAUCCAUGAUGGAGGAAAAUGGUAAUACUUUUGAUGUGAACCCAGAAAGGACUUAGAAUUUUGGUUCCACUAGCCAACCCUUAAAACUGGGGAUUUUGAAGACUGUCUUGUUUUAAUUCAUUCCCAGAAGUAUCAAUAAACUAAAAUAUGAAAUACAGUCAUAAAAGAAGGGAAACCCUGGUGGCAUAGUGGUUAAGAGCUACGGCUGCUAACCAAAGGGUCGGCAGUUCGAAUCCUCCAGGCACUCCUUGGAAACUCUAUGGGGCAGUUCUACCCUGUCCUCUAGGGUCACUAUGAGUCGGAAUCGACAGCACUGGGUUUGGUUGUUUGUUUGUUUUGUUUCAGAAAAGAAACGAUUGGUGCAAACGGGAGGACUACUGUCAUUAAAGAUGAAGUUUCCAUGUUGUUGUUAGGUACAGUCGAGUUGGUUCUGACUCAUAGGGACCCUGUGUACAACAGAACAAAACACUGCCCGGCGCUGCACCAAGCUCAUAAUCAUUGUUAUGCUUGAGUCCACUGUUGCAGCCAUUGUGUCAAUCCACCUCUUGAGGAUCUUCCUCCUUUAGCUGACCCUCUACUCUGCUAAGCAUGAUGUCCUUCUCCGGGGACUGUUCCUUCCUGAUAAUAUGUCCAAAGUAUGUGAGACGAUGUCUCACCAUCCUUGCUUCUAAUGAGCAUUCUGGCUGUACUUCUUCCAAGACACAUUUGUUUGUUCUUCUGGCAGUCCGUGGUACGUUCAAUAUUCUUCACCACCACCAUAAUUCAAAGGCAUCAGUUCUUCUUCAGUCUUCCCUAUUCAUAGUCCAGCUUUCACAUGCAUAUGAGGUGAUUGAAAACAUCAUGGCUUGGGUCAGGCAUACCUUAGUCCUCGAAGUGACAUCUUUGCAUUUUAACACUUUUAAGGAGGUCUUUUGCAGCAGAUUUGCCGAAUGCAAUACUGUGAUUUCUCUUGACUGCUGCUUCCGAGAGCAUUGAUUGUGGAUCCAAGUAAAAUGAAAUCCUUGACAACUUCAGUAUUUUCUCUGUUUAUCAUGAUGUUGCCUGUUGGUCCAGUUGUUUUCUUUAUGUUGAGGUGUAAUCCAUACUGAAGUCUGUGGUCUUUGAUCUUCGUCAGUAAGUGCUUCAAGUCUCUACACUUUGAGCAAGCAAGGUUGUAUCAUCUGCGUGUAUCUCUAAUUAUUAAUGAGCCUUCCUCCAAUCCUGAUGCUGCACUCUUCUUCAUAUAGUCCAGCUUCUCAGAUUAUUUGCUCAGCAUACAGAUGGAAUAAGUAUUGGGAAAGGAUACAGCCCUGAUGCACACCUUUCCUGAUUUUAAACCAUGCAGUAUCCUGUUGUUCUGUUCGAAUGACUGCCUCAUGAUGUGCAAGUUCCUCAUGAGCACAAUUAAGUGUUCUGGAAUUCCCAUUCUUCGCAAUGUUAUCCAUAAUGUGUUAUGAUCCACAUAGUCAAAUGCUUUUGCAUAGUCAAUAAAACACAGGUAAACAUCUUUCUGGUAUUUGCUUUCAGCCAGAACCCUUCUGGCAUCAGCAAUGGUACCCCUGGUUCUACAUCCUCUUCUGAAUCCAGCUUGAAUGGCUAAUGUACUGCCACAGCCAUUUUUGAAUGAUCUUCAGCAAAAUUUUACUUGUGUAUGAUACUAAUUAUAUUGUUUGAUAAU